AUGGUGACAAACUUUCCCUUUAUAAUUCAAGCCGAUUUUCUUCUUGCCUCAUCGAGGGAAACAAUUCUUCUGGACAGCAAAUGGAAUAAGGGGAUUCUCGAUUACGUUCCAACUGCAUUUGUGAAUGCAUUUAUCUCACUUGUCACAUCUGAAGUAGAUGCUCCAGUUUCUAGCUUGACUCGUAUGUUCAAAUUUCUGCCUGUUCAGAGCUCUUCUUAUGAAGGAUUGAAUGUUGUCAGGGAGUCUAUAAAGGCAAAGAUUGUUGAAGAAAGCAUUGUCCCUAGUGAGCCUCACGAGGAGCGGAAGGUAUUUUAUAAACCCCGUGAAGUCGGUAGGUUAAUGCCUGCCUUUUGGAAUAUUUUGCAUAAAGCGAAGAAGCUAGGGGUAAGCUUGGUUAAUCUCUCGUCUCAUGGAAAACCAGUUCUGGCAUAUGCCCUUGAUGAUGUCGAGUAUAACGAGAUACUGAAUUUCCUGGGAGUUGAAGCCGUGAACAAUGAAUGGUAUGCAACAUGCAUCUGCGGUACAUCUAAUCUUAUAACUGGGGUGCUGGAAGAUGUCUAUUUGGAGCUUCUACUUUUCAUUUCUGAAUUUUGGGGGUCUAAAUUUUCAAGCACCAGCAUCAAGAAUAUACCGCUCAUAAAAUAUGUGGGUUAUCGAAACAAAUCUCUGUGCAGCAUAAGCGCAAUCCAGAAAGGCGAAAGCAAAGUUUGCUUAUCAAGUGAUUCUUGUCAUGUUUCAUGGCUGAUUGACUGGAACAUGGAGUUUGCAUCUGUUUCCAAUGUUCUCUUUAUGCCAGAGAUCACACAAAAAGCUCUCGGAUUGUGUUCUAGGAAGGAGACGUUGAAGAAGUGGCUUUUGGACCAAGUCAAGGUUGGUUCUGUAAGUAUACGUGACUAUGCAGUCAAUCUCUUUGAUCAGUCACUUUGUGAGCGCAAGGUUGCUAUUGCAUUCGCCCACUUUUUACACCAGUCUUUGAGCAAGGGAUAUAUCUUAUCUUGGGAAGCUGUUAAUUUGUGUGCACUGAUGCCGUUGGUGGAUAAGUAUGGCAACAUCACCAGCACUAGGAAGGGAGUUCUUGUUCCAGCUAAUGGAAGCAAAUGGGCAGGAUUGACCGACUCUAAUCUGUGGAGAAGAGAAGGUUAUGUUGAGUUGAACGAAGACUAUUUGGAUUCCGGUCAUUUUGCUGGUAGCUUUACACAACAGAAGGAGCUCCUUGGGUUUCUAAAAGAUCAUGCUAAAGCCUCGGAUAUCCCAAAUGUUUGUGCUCCCAGAGAUGGUAUAUCAUCUUUAUCUGCACCACUCAAUAAGCAAAAGGUAUUCUUGCUUUUGGACUGGAUUCGCCAGCUCAUGCAUAAAGCUAGCAUCCCUCAGAAGUUCUUGAUGUGUGUAAAAGAAGGUAGCUGGCUCAAAGUUACUUUGAAUGGUUCUCCUGGUUUCAGGCCACCAUCGCAGUCAUUUCUUCUCAAGUCAUCAUCGGGAAACCUUUUGCAGAAUAGCUCUGUUUUUGUUGAUAUACCGUUGAUCGAUCAAAGUCAUUAUGAUGGAAAGAUUAACGAAUACAAGGAGGAGUUGAAAAAAAUUGGAGUCAGGUUUGAGUUUGGAGAAGCGUGUGAAUAUAUGGGGAAGCAUCUCAUGUCUCUUGCUGCUGCUUCCUCUUUAACCUGUGGCAAUGUAUUUUCUAUACUACGUUUCAUCAGAUUUUUGAGAGAGAAACUUCUUCCACCAGCCGAUUUUAUCAGCAGUAUUAAAGAUGGUCAGUGGCUUAAAACUUCCCUUGGCUUCAGGUCUCCGGUUGGAUCUGUCUUGUCGGAUGAUGAGUGGAAAGUUGCUUCGCAAAUUAGCGACAUUCCCUUCAUAGAUGAAGCAUUCUAUGGUAAAGAAGAAAUCUGUCAGUUCAAAACAGAACUUGAGUUGCUUGGCGUGGCGGUCUCAUUCAGCAAAUGCUACCAACUGAUAAUUGACAACCUGAAGUCACAUUCUUGCUUGACUUCUUGGACACCUGAGGUUCUUCUAUUGAUGCUUAAAUGCAUGUGUCUUUCGAGCUCAUCUGAGAAACUUAUCAGUGCUUUGAAAGGAUCGAAUUGCCUAAAGACAAAAACUGGUUACAAGCAUCCAGAGGAAUGUCUCCUGUUCGACAAGGAUUGGGGCUGCAUUCUUCAGGUCUUCAGUGGUUUCCCAUUGAUUGAUCACGAUUUCUAUGGAGACAGAAUAUUUUCCUUCAGAAAUGAGUUGAAGAAAACUGGGGUGGUGGUUGAUUUUGAGGAUGCCGCAAAAGUAUUUGCCCGUUAUUUCAAGCAGCAUGCAUCUUCGACUUCCAUUUCAAAAGAAAAUGUUGCAUCAAUUCUGUUGUGUUACAGAACACUGAAUGUAACUCCAUUUAAAUUUCCUGCCGAUCUUACGAGCUGCAUUUGCGAGAUGAAGUGGCUGCGUACUCGCCUUGGUGAUCAUAGAUCUCCCAAACAGUGCAUUCUCUCUGGUCCCGAGUGGGAUUCCAUCUCUUCCAUAUGUCUUCUUCCAUUCAUUGAUGAUUCUGAAAAUCAUUAUGGAAAAAACAUUCAUGAAUUUAAGAACGAACUGAAGAGCUUGGGGGUGGUUGUGGAAUUCAAGGACGGAGUCAAGUUUGUGGAAUCUUGUCUGUAUCUUCCUCAGGAUCCGACCUGCAUUUCUCGGGAAAAUGCAUUAGCAUUGCUUGAAUGUAUACAGAUCUUAUUGCAGGAGAAAGCCUACUCCCUUCCGGAGGUUUUCAGGGGAAAACUUUCUCAAGCAUGGUUGAAGACUCAUGCUGGUUACCGGUCUCCUAACCAGUGCUUGUUGUUUGAUUCGGAAACGCAUUUAAAGCAGACUGAUGGGCCUUUCAUCGAUGAAGAAUUUUAUGGUUCUAAAAUUACAACCUACAGAAAGGAGCUCGCUGCAAUUGGAGUGAUUGUCGAUGUGAAAAAGGGAUGUGCCUUAAUUGCUAGGCACCUUGAUCUACAGGAUGAGUUUUCGACAUUUGUUCGAGUAUAUAAUUACUUGAGUGAGUCUGAGUGGGUUCCACUGACAGAUGGAGAGGCUCCCCGAAGGAUAUGGGUUCCGAAAGAAAAUAAAAAUGGUGAGUGGGUUAGUGCAGAUGAAUGUGUUAUGCAUGACAAGGAUGGUCUGUUUGGUUCGCAGUUAACUGUUUUGGAGAAACACUAUGAUCAAAAGUUGUUUGGUUUCUUCUCUUCUGCUUUUGGAAUAAGAUGCCGUCCUUCUGUUGAUGAUUACUUGAAUCUCUGGAAAGUUUGGGAAAGUUCUGAAAGCGAAUUGUUGCUUGAUCAAUGCUGCAUGUUCUGGCUUUAUGUUUCGAAGCACUGGAAUUUAAAAACGGAGAAAAGUCUCGCUGAUGCCGUGGUGAAAGUACCGGUUUAUUCUGGCUCAGGCAAAAUCUUGUUGUGCAACAAGGAGUACGUUUUCAUUGCUGAUGACCUUCAGCUGCAGUGUCUUUUUGAACAGUCUUCACAGUCAAUAUUUGUUUGGUACCCUCAGCCAAGCUUGGCCUCCUUGCCUCGAACUAAGCUGCUUGAAAUGUACAAGAAAAUUGGUGUUCGCACUAUUUCAGAAUCUGUGCAGAAGGAAGAAGUUUCUCUUGCAAAUGAUGCUGAGCUACAAAUAAUCCCAAGGGAAAGAUUGUUCGGAAAAGCACUGCUGAGGCUGAUUCUUGGAUUUCUUGCUGGUCCUCCCAUUGAAAUGGAGGUGGAGAAGAGGCGGAAAGCUGUCCAAGCUCUUGUAGACGUUGCUGUAUUGGAGACACCAGAACCAAUCACUGUACGCUAUGAUCUGCCACUAUCUUCUGGGGAAGUUUUGAAUGUGAGAGGCACACGAAAGAUACGGUGGGACAGGAAGAAUUCCAAAUGCUUCAUCCAGAUGGACAAAUCUGGCCGGCAGAAGAAGACCGUUGAGUUUGCUACAUAUUUUGCCGAAGCAAUCUCUGAGUGUGUUCUGUGGGAGUUCAUUGAACUUAUACCUGCACUUUCGGAGCUGAUCAGGUUGGCAUUCGUGCUAGAAUUCAAUGAGGAAGAUGUUGAUUUCUUGAUGAAGUCGAAGAAUUUGCAGAUCUUCGUUGAGGAUGUCGAGUUUCUGAAUUCUGCCUGCCCAUCUAACUAG